AUGGACAUCAAAAAGCAAAGAAGACAGGGUGAAGCGGGGACCGCCAAUAGUGGCAGUAGGACGACGAGGGGUGAAAGCCUAAGGGAAGCCCUGCGUCCGACUAGAUCCCUUGUGACACCCCAACAAACACUCACCAUCGGACACUGGAAUGUGCGAACUAUCUACAGAGGAGGGGCUUCAGCACAGAUUGCGAGAGAAAUGGAAGGAUACCAGCUGGACAUUCUUGGAAUCAGUGAAUGCAGAUGGACAGGAGCUAGGAGGAUGAGACUGGCCUCAGGCCAGACCGUCAUAUACAGAGGGGAUGAAGAAUUGCAUGAGGGAGGAGUUGCUAUAAUGAUCAGCCAGCAGGCAGUAAAAUCACUUAUGGAAUGGACACCCAUCAGCAAGAGAAUCAUAACAGCAUGA